UUUUUUUGCAUCAAUCGAGUUGAAUGUUUUAUAGAUCUUCGGAUACAUUUGCUCUAGGAACAGAAUAUGUGGUUUUCAUAUAUAGAAUUAUGCUGAGACAUUUUGUUGCUAUUGUAAAUUUAUUUUAUAGAAUAUGCUGUAUCGACUGAAAAUGGGCUCAGUGAAAAUUCUCAAUUAAUUCUAAGUCGAUGCGCUUUAAAUGCUAAACAACGUGCUCGUGUUAAACAAGGUGAAUCAAUUGCACAUGUUAUUGAAAAUGAAGGACCAAUUGAAGAAACACCAACUGACAUAGAACCAAGAACCGCACAUGAACGAGCACAUAAAAAUAUGGAUAGAAAAUCCAAAGAAGAAUUUCAUUAUCCAUGGGAAAAAUCAGGAAAUUCUGAUAAAAAAUCCAAGGACGCAUUUCCUUGGCCAUGGGAAAAGAUUGCUAAUAAGAGCUUAAAUUUGGAUACAGAUGAUGAUGAUGUUAUUAUGCCAAGUAUAAAUGUACCACCACCAGAUAAUUCAAUGACACGAUCAACAGAAACAUUAAAUUUAUCAAAACAACCUCGAAAACUACCAAGAUCAGUUGCAAUAUCAAUGCAAAAAUUUCGUUGGGAACCAACAGGUGGUUAUAUAUCAUGUAUGGAUGAUUCAAAUUUAGUUUUUGGUGUUAAAGAAAUUGAAAGUAAAGUUGUCGAUGUUAUAUUAAAACGUCGAAAUGCAGAUGAUAUAUUUCAACGAUGGGUUUUUAUUUCAUUGAAUGAUGAAGAUCAAAAUGAAAUUGAUGUAGAUUUUACAAAACCAUUUUUAAUUGUUUCCAAAGCUCGACCAACAAUGGCUUUAACUGUAUUACUUCCAUCAUGUACAGGAAAUGAAUCAAGUGAUGUUAAUAUUUCUUGUAUUGGUUGUCCAAUAACAUUACAACCAAGACGAUAUGAAGAAAAUGGUUGUGCAAAUCAAAAAUGGGCAUAUGAUGAAACACUUGGAUUUCUACUUCCAUUUAAUGCAACAUUAACGGAUAAAGAAAUUACGGCAGCGAAUCGAGCAAAUAUUUGUUCGUAUACAGUUAAUUAUGAAGCAUUAUCACAACCAGGAUUUAUUGUAUCAAUUUUAAAUAAUAAUGAUCAAUCAGAAGAUGUACCUGUUUGUCUUGCUUGUGCACAAGCAAUGCGUGGAAAAUAUCGUUUAGUUAAAAUCGAACCCGAUAAGAAAUUUACUUGUGUUAUUGGAAAAAGACUUGAUCUGAAAUUUCAUGGUCCAUUUCAUUGUCUUAAUCAUAAAGUUGAUUUAACACGAGAUGAAGCUGAAAAUACACUUUUUCAACGACAAGAACAACUUGAACAAUUACGACAAGAAGCAAGUGUUCGAAAUAUUGCUAAAGAAUUAGCUGCAGCAAAACCAAUACAAAUUGUUCAUUUACUUGCUUAUCGUAAUGGUGAAGGUCAUACAAGACAAGGUAAACUUUUAAUUGGUUCAAGUAUUAUUGGUUUACUUGAUCAAGCUACUCAUCGAUUGGAUUUAACAAAUGCUGCUCGACGAUUUUAUGUUAUCGAUGGUAACGUCAUGUUAAGUAUUGAAGAUCUUAUUCAAUGGGCAACAGAAUAUUAUAAAAAACGUUUUAAUCAAAUAUCAAAACCAACACAAACACAACUUCUUGAUAGAGUUGACUUAGACACACCUGUACCACCAAAAAUUCCUGAUUCACAACGACGAUCAAGUCUUGAUAAUCAAUCAGAAAAAACAACAUUAUCAAGUAAAUUACGUGAUCUAAGUCCAACAAAACAACAUUUUCAAGGUUUACCAAAAGCAUCAGAUUUAAAACGAGCAAUAAAACAAAAUUCUGUUACACGAGCUAUCGAUGUUGAUAUGAGUUAUUUAUUAAAAUUUCCUAUUGAAGUAUGGGUUUCAUCUGGCGAAGCAUUCGUUCGACCUUCUGACGCAGAUCAAAAACAAAAUCAACGCUUUAUGCAACGUGAAGAACGAACACCUGUUGUACAUGAAUUAGAACGAGAAAAACAUGCUUUACGUCUUUUGAAAGGACGACGUAUAUCAGGUCAAUCAACAGGUGAACUUGUUCCUCAACAAAAUCCAGAUGUACCUGUUAUUAAACAAGGACAUUGGACACAAAAAUCAGAUGCUGAACUUGAUAAACAAGAUGAUGUAGAAUUAUUAAGAAAUUCAUUAGGUGAACUUCUGGUUUCACAACAACCUGAAGUAACACGACCAAUUUCAUCAGCUGCAACUGAUCGUUUAGCACAACAUUCAAAAAUUAAACGUACUUUAAUCUAUUUGAAUGGUGAACCAAAAGAAACAGCUGUUCAAUGUUUUGGUAGUAAUUUAAAUGAAUUAAUGGAAGCUGCUAAAAUGAAAUUGAAUUUAAUGCAACCAAUUCAAGCAUUAUUUGAUGAAAAUGGACAUAUUAUUGAACGAUUUGAUCAAUUAAAUCGUGAUCAAUUAGUAUGUGUAUCAACAACAAAAACAUUUAUUUCAUUCUCUGAAAAACAACGUGAAGUUGAUGUUAAAGCUGAUUGGGCACGUACACGUAAUAAAUAUGGCGAUCAAGCAACAGAUAUUCGUGUUAGUUCAAACCUUUCAACAUUUCCUCAUGCAGCUGAUCCAUUUGGCCCACCAAUAUUAACAUCAGAUGAUCAAAAUCAAAUUCGUCCAACAACAACAAUAACAAAACCACCACCAGCACCAGCACCACUUUAUCGUAGAUUAGCUAUUGAACAACAACAACCACCACCAAAAUCAGCUACACUUACUGAAAUAACACCAUCACCAACAGUUAUGAAAGAUUCAUUAAUGUUAAGUGAUGAUGAUGAUGAUGGGCCUGAUAGUGAAAUUGAACGAAUUACAAAUGUGAACAAUGAUGAAAAUGAAAGUAGUCGAACAACAACUGCAUCAAGAAAUGGAGCACAAGCUAAAAGUCCUUUUUCUCAAUUAUUUCCAGCUAAUUCACGUUCAUUAGCACCAACAAGACCUCCACCAUCGACACAGAAGUCAGAUAGUGAUGACGAUGAGUUUAUUAAAAUGCUCAAAAGAAAAUAA